AAUCCUCCCAUCGAAAACCAAUCCUGUCACUCAUUUACCCAAUCUAUCACAAAUCUUCGCGGUCUAUGGUUUUUAAACGUCUUGAGUCCAUGAUAGGACUAUGCUGUCGGACUCGGAGGGUCCACUAUGGAGAAAGGUUCCGUCUUUCACCGGUCCUAUUCCCAGGGCACGACACGGCCAUCGAGCUGUGGCUAUCCGAGAGCUAAUUGUAGUGUUUGGGGGAGGAAACGAGGGUAUUUCGGAGGACCUGCAUGUUUACAACACUGUGUCCAGGCAAUGGUUUCUUCCAGCGGUCCGGGGAGACAUCCCUCCUGGCUGCGCUGCCCAUGGCUUUGCAUGUGAAGGGACCCGUAUCCUGGUGUUUGGUGGCAUGGUGGAGUUUGGCAAAUACAGCAACAAUCUCUAUGAGCUACAGGCAAGUCGCUGGCUGUGGAAGAAAUUAAAACCUCGAGGCCCGAAGAAUGCAUCCCCUCCCUGCCCUCGCAUUGGUCACAGUCUCACCCUCAUCGGAAACAAAUGCUACCUGUUUGGGGGUCUGGCCAAUGACAGUGAAGAUCCUAACGGCAAUGUACUAAGGUACCUGGAUGACCUCUAUGAGCUAGAGCUGCAGGCUGUAUCGGGGGUCAAGGGUUGGAGUAUUCCGGACACGAAAGGUGGGGGUCCCUCCGCCCGUGAGUCCCACACGUCAGUGGCCUACUGCAAGCCCGGGCACAGUCCCAAACUCUACGUCUUCGGAGGCAUGUGCGGACAUCGGCUUGGCGAUUUGUGGCAACUGGAUAUUGAAACCAUGACGUGGUCCUCUCCGGAAAUGCGAGGACCGUGCCCCAUAGCCAGAAGCCUCCAUUCAGCCAACGUCAUAGGAAACAAGAUGUAUGUGUUUGGAGGCUGGGUCCCGGUGGUGGAGUCUGAGAACAAGCCCAACGCCCUCGGUGUGGAGUGGAUCUGUACUAACUCGCUAUCACUGUUGAAUCUGGACGCCAUGACGUGGCAGCGCCUGGGCCCAGAGCAGGAGCAGCAAGAGCAGGAGCAGCAGCCUCCAGACGAGGGUCCCACCAGCGCCCCCGGAGCCCGCGCAGGCCACUGCGCCGCCGCCAUCGGCUCACGCCUCUACGUCUGGAGCGGCCGCGACGGCUACCGCAAGAGCUGGAACAUUCAGGUCUGCUGCAAGGACCUCUGGUACUUGGAGACGGAGAGGCCCACCACCCCAUGUGCAGUGCUGCUGGUCAAAUCCACCAUCUCCAUGCUGCAUGUGUCUUGGCGCCCCCUACCUGCGGCCGAGUAUUACCUCCUGCAGUUACAGCCGGUCAGGCCCCCCCACGCCCCGCCUGCGUAUCCCUCCGAUCCCUCCGUCGACCCCCAGGAGCAGUCCACGGAGGUCGUGGAAGAGGGAAGCUCAGACGUCCAUCUGUCAGAUAAUCCUUUUGGUCAGAGCCGUGACGGCCCAAGUGGGAAGAUGUCAUCUGGGAAGAAAAUGACCUCACCACUGAAGGGAGGAGGUGUUGUCGUGGAGACCCCGGUGGAGAUCUGUGAGAGCGGCUCCGAGCUGCAGGUGGACUCCCAUCCCGCCAAGGAGAGGAGUGGAAGAGGACCCAGCCUACAGUCUGAACCCUACUCUACAUCAUACCCAGGGAGUUCCAUGGAUCACCUGAGCCAGACCCCAGCUGAAGAGGAGAGCCUGGAGGAGUCUGUCUGGUUUGAUGUGGGGGUCUUUAGGACUCUAUUCGCCGAGGUCACCGAGUACUACCUGCCCCCCACGGGAGGGGAAGAGCCACUACCCCCUCCGUACCACUUCACCAGCUCCAAAGAGGUCAAACAGUGGAUACACGAGUGCUACGAGGGCAGAGAGAAACACUCUCUAGAGCCAGGUGUCACUUACAGGUUCAGAGUGUGUGCCAUCAACAGCCUCGGCCAGGGAGACUUCAGCGCUGCGAGCGAGUACAAGACCUGCCAGCCUGGCUUCCCCGGAGCGCCCUCUGCUGUCAAGAUCAGCAAGGUGUCUGAGAACGUGCACAUCAGCUGGGAGUCGCCCGCGUCGCCGUCGGGGAAGAUCCAGGAGUACAGCAUGUACCUGGCUGUGCGGAAGAGCCGCGGGGGGUCCAGCAGCGCCGCCGCUGCCGCUACCACCACCACCGCGGCGGGCGCGGCCGGCGGCGAAAUGGCCUUCAUCCGCAUCUACCGCGGCACCAAGACCUCCUGCACGGUCAGCCCGUCGCACCUGGGCAACGCCCACAUCGACUGCUCGGCGCGGCCGGCCGUGGUGUUUCGCAUCGCCGCCAAGAACGAGCAGGGCUACGGCCCCGCCACACAGAUCCGCUGGCUGCAGGAUACGAGCAAACUGAAAGCCUCGUCCUCUGAAUCCAAAGCAAACUCCGGAGAGGCGGACCAGGAAAGUAAAAAAAGAUAGAUUGACCAAGAUCCGGGCUGAUCUCAUCAGAUGGGUUCGAACUAACUACUCCAUUGGAUGCCUAUGUAAAGUCACACAACACACGGUUUCUAUUGUAGCACAAUGCCUGGCCUUACAACACACGUUUAUGUGAGAAAAGUGUGAAUUCCUGCCAAUUUUUUUCUAAAUCCAUGAGAAAUCGAUAUACCGACUGUAAAAAUACUACGUAAGUGGAGACAAACGCCUUUUUAGUUCUUGUACAUAUGUAUUUAUACUCGUCUUCUUUUUUAAAACAAAAAAAAACCCCAGCUUUUGUUCGUUUCAUUUUAUGUCAUGAAUCCUUCUUUGAUGAUUACUAGACCAGGCUCUUUUCGUAAUAUCGAUAUGGAGUUACUAUAGCAGCUGGGUUUCAAGUGCCUUGAAGUGCCGAAAGGGGCCAAUCUUGGGCCACUUAUUCUGACUGGUGCUUUUGAUUUAAGUGUUUCACUGGUUUUCAACUUGGUCAAAAAAAAAAAAAACAAAGAUUGUUACUUGACAUUAAAAUAUGUCUACAUUUCACUGGAGGUAUGCAAUCCUGAUGAGUGUUUGGUCAAUAUGAUGGUUGUUGAUACUAUAUUAAUAAAGCACUUAUUUAUUGUGUUGUAAUAUAUGUUAUCACACAUAUCCUAGCCUGUAUAACAUUAACAUCCCAAUAUUGGUGGAAAUAUUAGUCUGUUCGAAAUGGUCUGCACCUUUGUACUAUUCCAUGUCCAUUUCAGUUAGCGUAGCACUAAAGAGACCAAUUACAGAUGUGCUUCACUCCGUUGAUGUUGUUGUCUUGACAGAAAACACUGUUCUGAUAUGUGCUCCCAGUCUUCAAUAAGCAUUAUGCAACAUUGUAGCCUCCAAUUUUAACUGAGGUACUGUAGACAAACGGUGUCAUUUUUUUUCUUCCACAUUUCACAUUGUUUACAUUGUCCUUCACCCAUUAAAAUCCAUUACAUUUUUCUUUUUCUUGUA